CUUCCGGGCCGCUUUCUCCCGGAUUCAGAAGACGUUUCAAGCCUAACUGCAGUGGAGCUUCUGCACUCUGAGCAUCAUAACCUGCACCAUGCCCAUGAUCCUGGGUUACUGGGACAUCCGCGGGCUGGCCCACGCCAUCCGCCUGCUCCUGGAGUACACAGACUCAAACUAUGAGGAGAAGAAGUACACGAUGGGGGACGCUCCCGACUAUGACAGAAGCCAGUGGCUGAAUGAAAAAUUCAAGCUGGGCCUGGACUUCCCCAAUUUGCCCUACUUAAUUGAUGGAGCUCACAGGCUCACCCAGAGCAAUGCCAUCCUUCGCUACAUCGCUCGCAAGCACAACAUGUGUGGGGAGACAGAGGAGGAGAAGAUCCGUGUGGACAUUUUGGAGAACCAGACUAUGGACGUCCGCUUGCACAUGGCCAGGAUCUGUUACAGCCCUGACUUUGAGAAACUGAAGCCUGGUUACUUGAAGGAGAUCCCUGAAAAGAUGAAGCAGUUCUCAGAGUUUCUGGGGAAGAGGCCUUGGUUCGCAGGGAACAAGCUCACCUUUGUGGAUUUCCUGGCUUAUGAUGUCCUUGACCGGCACCGCAUAUUUGAACCCACAUGUCUGGAUGAAUUUCCAAACUUGAAAGACUUCAUUGCCCGUUUUGAGGGCCUGAAGAGGAUCUCUGCCUACAUGAAGUCCAGCCGCUUCCACCCAAACCCUAUGUUUCUGAAGCUUGCUGUGUGGGGCAACAAGUAAUGCCUCCAACCAGGAGAUGGACAUGAGGAGCCAGUGCCCUGGAGACCAGGGGGACCUUCCUGCACACAGAACCUUCUUUCUCCUUCUGUUCACUCUAGAUGGCUUCUUGGCCCCCUUAUCUCUCUCCCACACCCCUUUCCAUCCCUACUUUAAAGAUUCAGUUUCCCAUCAUAUUUGAGCAAAUCUCCUCCCCUACCCCACAUUAUCUCUCCUGCACUGAAGCCAUCCAGGCUGUCCUUCCCUUCCAUGGUUGCUUCUGCUGUGAGCAGCCCAGCCAGAUCCCUGGCCCAUAGCGCUCUGCUCUGAGCUCCCAGCACUGCCCUGAAGACCAGACCUGGCCAGGUGUGCAGACCUUGCUUCCCAGUGUGGUUCCCGCCCAGCCUAUCUGAUCCCCAGGAAAGCCUUAUUCACACCUGCUGUGUCUUGUCUUAUUCCCUCCUGGCUUCCUGGAGACAUGAAUGACUGUGUUGGGUGUAUAGGGGUGUCCAUUUUAUCUUCUGCUGUCUACUGCAAGGCCACAUGGAGGGGAAUGCAUGUGUGUGUAGAGGGGAUGGGGCUUUCUUGUUCAUUUCUAUCUCCACUUCAAGCACCUCCAUUCCUUAGCAUCAAGUCUCUGCAGAAGGGGAGCCCUUCUGUGCCUGGUUUCCUCUUUAAUUCAGCAUUCAUGGGAUGCCUCCUGUCAGCUCGCACAACUCUGUGUUCAGGGGACUCUCAGGUGCUGGGGAAGGGGUCUGAGUAGUCUACUGAUGGUGUGGGAUCCUGGUGGAUUCGCUUCUGUCACCCUUUCCUGGAAGCUUACCCUGCUUUAGACACACUUCAUGUGCAUUCUUAAAACAUAUCUCAGUAAAGUCUGCCCCUACUAUAUUACAAUCGUGUUUUACUUGUUUUCCUCUCCAGCUUGACCAUAAAGUCACUGAGGAAAGAAUCCGUGUCUUAUUUGACUUUAUGUCUCGUAUCUAUUUUUCUGCCUGGCACACAAAUGUUUAACAAAAGUUGGAAAUUUGAAAGAAUGAUCUCUAGUUAAAGCCCUGCAAAGUGUACAGUCAUUAUAUGGAUUUACAGGUCUGGAUAUAGUUAUCUCAGCCACUUGAGGUAAAAACUAAAUUUCAGAAGAUUUAAAAUCUACAGGUCUGGGGGAAAGCCAUUAGGUCUCAUUAACUUAAGCAUUUAGUAGGCUGUAACUGGCCCUUGUAUAACUUGACCUGAAAUGGGUAGGUCUAGUGUAGCCACUCUGUCUGGUCAAAAGGUGGAGUGCCAUUUUUUAUCAGGAUACCUGCACCUGCAAACUGCAAAAGUACUGCCUCAAUACCUGAGGCAUAGCCUCAAGUCUUAGCUCAAAACAAGGAGUAACUUUAGAGAAGUAUCCUGUUGAGCAGUUCUCCAGAUGGUCAUUUACUGCAGUUUAAAUAAACAGAGAACAGUAAGAAUAAUGUCCUUAAGAAAAAAAGUCCUUAAGAAUUAAAUGAUUAAAGAUAAAACUGGUAUGACAGGG